GGCAUGUUCUCUCCAGCUCCUCAGGCACUCUCCAGCUGGGUUUGAAAAGCAGGCAAGGGAGAGGAGGAAGGAGGUGGAAACAGGCAAGUAGGUAACAUUUCUCAGUGAAGUUUGAGAGGGGCCUAUGGCCAUGAGUGAGCUGAGCAGUCAGAAGACCAGUGAUGGCACUGUUUCUCGCCUGCUCAACGUGGUGGAAAGUGAGCUUCAGGCAGGAAGGGAAAAAGGCGACCCUACGGAGAAGCAACUUCAGAUCAUCCUGGAGGAUGCACCGCUCUGGCAGAGAUUCAAGGAAGUCACGAAUGAAAUGAUCGUGACCAAGAAUGGCAGACGGAUGUUCCCUGUCCUAAAGAUUAGUGUCUCUGGGCUGGACCCCAAUGCCAUGUACUCCCUCCUGCUGGACUUUGUCCCAACGGACAGUCACCGCUGGAAGUACGUCAAUGGGGAAUGGGUGCCCGCGGGCAAGCCAGAAGUCUCCAGCCACAGCUGCGUCUACAUCCACCCCGACUCCCCCAACUUUGGGGCCCACUGGAUGAAAGCGCCCAUCUCCUUCAGCAAAGUGAAGCUGACCAACAAGCUCAAUGGAGGUGGGCAGAUAAUGUUGAAUUCUCUGCAUAAAUAUGAACCCCAGGUGCACAUAGUGCGUGUUGGAGGUGCCCACCGAAUGGUGAUGAACUGCUCCUUCCCUGAGACCCAGUUCAUAGCUGUGACUGCCUAUCAGAACGAGGAGAUCACAGCUCUCAAGAUCAAGUACAACCCUUUUGCCAAAGCCUUCUUAGAUGCCAAGGAAAGGAACCACCUAAAAGACGUUCCGGACGCUGUCGCUGAGAGCCAGCAUGUAGCCUAUUCUCACUUGGGAGGCUGGAUCUUUUCCAAUCCGGAUGGAGUGUGCACAGCAGGAAACGCCAAUUACCAGUAUGCUACUCCUUUGCCUCUGUCUGCCCCCCACACCCACCAGGGCUGUGAGCACUAUCCUGGCCUCCGAGGACACCGGCAGGCUCCUUACCCUUCUGCCUACAUGCAUAGAAACCAUUCUCCCUCAGUGAAUUUGAUAGAAAGCUCCAGCAAUAACCUGCAAGUUUUCUCCGGAGCUGACAGCUGGACGUCUUUAUCUUCCACACCCCAUGCCAGCAUCCUGUCUGUACCCCACACCAGCGGACCAAUGAAUCCAGGGCCUAGCCCCUACCCGUGCCUGUGGACCAUCAGCAACAGUAGCGGGGGCCCUGCCGGGCCGGGCCCAGAGGUGCACGCCGGCUCCCCGGGAGCGUUUCUUCUGGGUAACCCCGCUGUGACUUCGCCACUCUCCACCCAGGCGCCCACUUCUGGCGUGGAGGUUCUAGGGGAGCCCUCGCUGACCAGCAUCGCCGUGUCCACUUGGACGGCAGUGGCCUCUCAUCCCUUCUCUGGCUGGGGUGGCCCAGGUGGGGGCGGGCGCCCUUCUCCCUCCUCAUUGGACAGUUAGGCAGGAUUCUGGGGAAGGGGUCAGCAGAGAACCUUCUGUAUGUAGAGCUCUAGAAACCCCAUCUACCGAUUCCAGUGAGUCAGACUGCAGGGUCUCCCCACCCAGUGAGCUGGAGUGUGUGUGGGUUAUACCA